ACCAGGGGGCGCCUGGGGGCCUCAACAAUUUGGUGUGCCCAUCCCUCCCACUAGUAUGUUUUCUCUUUCUCACUCUCAGACAACCACACACACACACACACACACACACACACACACACACACACACACACACACACACACACACACAAAAUCAAUUCCUAAUGUAAUGUAAUGUAAAGAUGUAAGAUGUAAUUAUUAAUAAUAAAAAAAAGAAAAGAAAAAGAGGGGAUAUAUUCAGAAGUCAGUAUUUUUAAUGUGUUUUAAAGACAUCUUGCAAAAGGGGGGCCUCAGUCAAAUGUUAAUGCCAUUUGGGGGGCCUUGCCCUGGAAAAGUUUGGGAACCUCUGCUCUAUUCUACUCUAUAUUAUGUUAGAAAACUUUUCUUUUAACACCUUAUACAGUUUUUAAGCUGUGCACACUUGUUUACCAUGCACACAUGGCAGAUUUAUGAAACCUAACAGAGUUUUGCACAAGAAAGAAAAAAAAUGUCUAUUUUAAAAGUAUUCAUGUAUUAAUAGCUUCAUGCGUAAUUUCUACAGACAUCUGUGUUACCGUAGCUAACUGCUGCUGUGUGCGCAAUUUCAAAUGGAAGGUGCAUUGUAUGUAUGAAGAAAAAACACAAUCACUUAUGAAACAGUACCCAAUGUCUAUUAGAUGUACACUCACAAUAUAACUCCCCCAGAAUACUUCAGUGUUCGUAUUACUGCAAAAAUACUUUGCGAGGUUCUAAAUUUACAGGGUUUUAAAGUGGAUUUGAUAGUAGUAUUAUAGUAAAGUUAUGGUACAACAAAGUGUUUUACGGCAUCAUCAGAAGAAAAAAAAAAUCUGCACAUAGUACACGCUUAAAUAUUACCUAAAUCAUUUGUUUACAUAUGCACCUUUUGGAAUGAGCCUGAAUUGUUUCUCCAGAUACAGCAGAUGUCGUUUCAUGUCCCUUUCAUCAAAAAAUACGAAAAUACAUGUUUGAAAGUUGUUGACGCUUGGAUUUUGCGUGCCUGUCCAUUUCAGAACAAAGAGCUACACAACGCAACUGGAAAGAAUUCAUAAGACUGGCUCACAUAAACAGACCAUUUAUUGAUGCAGUGUUCUACAACAAAGAACGAGUGUUUUUAUCAAGACUUCUAGUGGUCUCAUACUGGCAUAUCUUAGUCCACCUUGGGUUCUUUUAGAACAUUAGCCUUUCAGGACAGGCAAUCAUUUCAAUACAUUUCUAAAUAAUAAUAAUGUAUAUUUUGGGAUUAAGGUUUUACCCGCAAAAAAAUCAGAUCCUGCAUCUGUAAUGUAAAGGUCAGAAGCGAGAAAGGAGCUGCUUUACACUGCUACUUUUCCAAACCUUUUUGUGACUAUCUAGAAUGGCUUGGUUUGAUAUAGCAGUUAAAAACUUUGGAUUCCCCAGUAUUGAGCUGUUUGUGAAGGCAGGAAUUGAUGGGGAAAGCAUUGGCAACUGUCCGUUCUCCCAGAGACUCUUCAUGAUCCUUUGGCUAAAGGGGGUCAUCUUUAAUGUCACAACUGUGGACCUCAAGAAGAAACCAGCUGAUUUGCAAAACCUUGCACCAGGAACCAACCCACCUUUUAUGACCUUUAAUGGUGAAGUGUUGGUGGAUGUUAACAAGAUUGAGGAAUUUCUUGAGGAAAGGCUUACACCACCAAGGUAUCCCAAGUUGGCUGUUAAACACCCAGAGUCAAACAUCGCAGGAAUAGAUGUAUUUGCAAAGUUUUCUGCCUAUAUCAAGAACUCUCGCAAAUAUGCAAAUGAUGGAUUGGAGAAAGCUCUGUUGAAGUCCCUGAAGAAAUUGGAUGACUACUUGCUCUCUCCAUUGCCAGAGGAGAUUGAUGCCAACAACCCUGAUGACACAGGACCAUCUACACGCAAUUUCCUGGAUGGACCAGACCUAACUCUUGCUGACUGCAACCUGCUUCCCAAACUACACAUCAUCAGGAUUGUUGCAAAGAAGUAUAGAAGUUUUGAGAUUCCAGCUGACAUGAAAGGGAUUUGGCGAUACCUGAACUCUGCCUACCAGAAAGAAGAGUUUACCAGCACCUGUCCUGCAGAACGAGAGAUCGAGUUUGCCUAUUUGGAUGUUGUCAGAAAGUUAAUAUAAGUUUGGUGCUUGAUGAAAAUAUACAGAGAUGUGUGGGGGUAUGUUUAGACUACAAACAGACAGAGAGAGAGAGAGACAGUGAGAGAGACAGUGAGAGAUGAGAGAGAUUGUGUGAGGGACUGAGAGAGGAGAGAGGGAGUGUGUGUGUGAGUGAGGGAAACGGAGUGAGAGAGAUUGAGAGAGGAGAAGGAGUGUGUGAGAGAGAAAGAUAGAGAGAGAGAUUGUGUGAGAGCAUGAGAGAGAUUGAAAGAGGAGAGAGGGAGUGUGUGGGAAUGGGAGAAAAAGUAAGAGAUUGAAAGAGUGUGUGAGAGAGGUGAGAGAGUGAGUGUGUGUGUGUAAGAGAGAGUGAGAGAAUGUUUGUGUUUGUUUGUGUGUGUGUGUGUGAGAGAGAGAGAGAGAGAGUAAAAAAGUGUGUGUGUGUGUGUGUGUGUGAGAGAGAGAGAGAGAGAGAGUAAGAAACAGUGUGAGAGAGAGAUGUGUGUGUGAAAGGGAGAGAAAGAGAGAGAGGGAGUGUGUGUGUGUGUGUGUGUGUGUGAGAGAGAGAGAGAGAGAGAGAGAGAGAGAGAACGAACACUUCUUUUCAUAUCCUGAAUAGUUAAGCUUUAUCUAUAAUCAUAUUAUACAUUUUAUAUCUUUUAAAUGAUGAUGUCAUGGGCUUGAUAUGUGUAUAAGGUAAUUUUUUUUUAGUUUAUCCUUUGUAUAUUUGCCUUGUUAUAUCCAUUAGUUUUCUGCUGAGUUUUCCCCCCAGAAACUAGAACUAAUAAUUUUAUGUGAUUCCUAAAGUCUGAGACAUUUUACCAUAUAUAACAAUGAGUUAUAAUUAAUAUAAAGAUUUAUUAUAACAUAAAAAGAAGUAAUGCUGUAUUAAUCUAUAUUAAUUCAUUGUUCUAUAUUAUGUUUAUUUAAUCGGUGAGGAAAAAGGUGCCUUCUUUUUUCCUCCUCCUUCUUGAUUAUUCAUUAUUGUUAUUUAUUUCUUCUUCUUCAACUUCUUCUUAUUCAUUUUGUUUGUUAGUUUGUUUGUUUUAUUUUAUUUUAUUUUUUUUAAAUGUGCACUAUACUGUAUAUCACUAACAUGUAUUGAAGUAAUUCUAUUUGAGUAAUCCCAGAGAACGUGUCAUGGUGCUUUAAAACUGAAACUUCGUUUAAAAGAACUAAAGACAGUUUUGUAAUCUUUUUUGUUACUUCGACGCGUUCCUAACGCAAGAGUACUAGCUUAGCUUGUGAUUUAUUUAUAGUCACAGUCACUUAAGUUUCUGAAGCUUGUAAAAAAAAAAAAAAAGACCGGUUUAAAAAGGGAUUGGGAGAAAGGACAAAGAGAAGAAAGGCUGGCAGAUGUGUUGGGUCCAAUCUCUCAUCUCUCUUCCACUUGUAGUCCACUGACUUGGACAGACUUGUUAACCGGUUGUCGUGGUUACACUGCUAGCAGCCCUCAGAACAAUCAAAUAACUUUUAAAGCAAUAAUAUCAACAGCUUGUGUUUAUUGGUUACUAAAUAUACUUUGUCACCGGAGAGACCCUCACCUAGAGAAUUUUGGCUGGAGCUUGAGCAAACAUUCAGAUAAUGUGAAAGGGCUGAUGGGGAAGAAAAGCAGUUCCACUGAAGAGCACAUUACAUUUGUACCUGAGCUCGUUGAACUUCGUUGAACUUCGUUGAAGUCUUUACAAAUUCAUUAUUCCAUGUCUUUUCAAAUUGCAAUAUUUCACAAUAAUCACCAAGAACGGGAGGUACAAAAAUAAAAUUCUGUUUAUUAUUAGGACCUUUUUUUUUUUUUUUUUGCAUGCUUGUAAAAUUUUCCUACUUGUAGAAGGGGGGUUAACAGGAUUUCGUGCAAUGAGGCUACACACGUCACAAGAGGUCACUGAGGUCAUGUUAAUGUCAUGUUAAGUAUGUUGUUGACGCAUCAAUUAGACGCGACUGUAGAUUUGCUUGCUGAUGAGCAUGGGGUCAUGUUAGAACGUGAUAUUGAAGUGUGAGAUAUGCUUAAUUCUGAGAGCAGUAUUUCCAGAAGCAAACUGUAAAAAAAAAAAAAAAAAAAAAAAAACACAAACAAAAGCAGCAGUUAAUAAAUGUUAGCUUUUUUUAAUA